UGUGGACUUUCCGAGACGUCACAGAUUCUUAGAGUGUCGGUGGUGUUGUUCAAUUUCGGCAACGAUAUGAAGAGUAAAGAUGUUGAAACCGUGUUGUCGACUGGAAACUAACUGCCACAUCUCAAGAACUAUCAUCCGGAAGCACUCGUUUUAGGGAAACAAAAAUCCGAACAUGUCGUCGGUGAAGGUAGCCGUGCGAGUCCGGCCGUUCAACAACCGAGAAAUAGCGCGAGAAUGCAAGUGUAUAAUAAAAAUGGGUGGCAACACCACCACUAUCAUCAACCCGAAAGCGGACCCUAAAGAAGCUCUCAAAAGCUUCAAUUUCGACUACUCCUACUGGUCGCACGAUGAAGACGAUCCUGAAUUCUCCUCCCAACUCACGGUUUACAAGGAUAUCGGCGAGGAGAUGCUCCAGCACUCCUUCGACGGCUACAACGUGUGCAUUUUUGCGUACGGCCAGACGGGGGCGGGCAAGUCGUACACCAUGAUGGGGAAGCAGGAGGUGGGGCAGGAGGGCAUCAUCCCGCAAAUCUGCAAGGACCUAUUCAACAGGAUACGCAACAACAACAAUCCCGACAUUAAAUAUUCAGUGGAGGUCAGCUAUAUGGAGAUCUACUGCGAGCGGGUCAGAGACCUGCUUAACCCCAAGAACAAGGGGAAUCUGAGGGUGCGCGAACACCCGCUGCUGGGGCCGUACGUGGAGGACCUGAGCAAGUUGGCUGUGACGAGCUACGAGGACAUACAUGACCUCAUCGAUGAGGGCAAUAAGGCCAGGACCGUGGCUGCCACCAACAUGAACGAAACUAGUUCGAGGUCGCAUGCUGUGUUCACGAUUUUUUUCACGCAGCAGAGAUACGACCAGACCACGACCCUUUGCACGGAGAAGGUCUCGAAGAUCUCCUUGGUGGAUCUGGCCGGGUCGGAGAGGGCCGAUUCGACGGGCGCCAAGGGGACGAGGCUGAAAGAGGGCGCUAAUAUCAACAAAAGUCUGACCACGUUGGGAAAAGUCAUAUCAGCUCUGGCUGAAAUUGCCUCCAAAACCAAAAAAUCAAAAAAAGCCGACUUCAUCCCGUACCGAGAUUCGGUGUUGACAUGGUUACUUCGCGAGAAUCUCGGUGGCAACAGCAAGACGGCCAUGAUAGCCGCCAUUUCUCCGGCUGACAUCAACUACGACGAAACUCUCUCCACUCUCAGGUACGCCGACAGAGCCAAGCAGAUCGUUUGCAAAGCCGUCGUUAAUGAGGACGCCAACGCGAAACUCAUUCGCGAACUCAAGGAGGAGAUCCAGAAAUUGCGCGAGCUGCUCAAGGCCGAAGGCAUCGAAGUUCACGAGGGGCCGGAUGGUAAAGUUAUUUAUGAGAAAAGGGAGCCCCCUAGGGCUGAGGACAAUAUCGUGGCCCGCAACAACAAGGAGAACGAGAGGCAGAGGACCACGUCGACGACGAUAGCCGAAGAAGCGGUCGAUCAAUUGCAGGCCAGCGAGAAACUCAUCGCCGAACUGAACGAAACGUGGGAGGAGAAAUUGAAACGCACCGAGGCCAUAAGAAUACAGCGCGAGGCGGUUUUCGCAGAAAUGGGGGUGGCCGUAAAGGAGGACGGCAACACCGUGGGGGUGUUCUCUCCCAAGUGUACGCCUCAUUUAGUCAACUUGAACGAGGAUCCUUUUAUGUCCGAAUGUCUGAUUUAUUACACCAAGGACGGGACUACGAGAGUCGGGUCCGCAGAGGCCAACAUUCCGCAGGAUAUUCAACUCGUGGGGUCGCAUAUCAAAUCGGAGCAUUGCAUUUUUGAGAACAAGGACGGAAAGGUCACGCUCAUCCCGUCGACGGGGGCGCUGAUUUACGUCAACGGCCGCGAGAUCACAGAACCCAUCAUCCUUAAAACCGGAUCCAGAGUGAUCCUCGGCAAGAACCACGUGUUCCGUUUUACCCACCCAGACGAAGCCCGAGAAAUGCGCGAAAAGAACGCAACUCCAGCGGAAAAGGUGGACUGGAACUUUGCACAGAUCGAACUUCUGGAAAAACAAGGCGUUGAUCUCAAGGCCGAAAUGGAGAAACGACUCCUCACCCUGGAAGAACAGUACCGCAAAGAGAAAGAAACGGCAGAUCAACUGUUCGAGGAGCAGAGAAAGAGUUACGAGGCGCGAAUCGACGCUCUCCAGAAGCAGGUUGAAGAACAGAGUAUGACAAUGUCUAUGUACAGUUCCUACACCCCCGAAGACUUCAACAAUGAGGACGAUAUAUUCGUGAACCCUCUGUUUGACGCAGAGUGCAAUUGGACCGAGAAGGAGUACGAGUUAGCGGCCAACGCGUGGAGGAAGUGGAAGCACCACCAGUUCACGUCGCUGCGGGACGACUUGUGGGGCAACGCGAUCUUCCUGAAAGAGGCGAACGCCAUCUCGGUCGAACUCAAGAAGAAGGUGCAGUUCCAGUUCACUCUCCUCACUGACACUCUUUACUCUCCCCUUCCCGCCGACUUGCGUCCCGCCAUCGACUACGACCAAGACGACGACGCGCCCGUGCCCAAGACCAUCGUGGCGGUCGAGGUCCAAGACACCAAGAACGGCGCCACUCACUACUGGUCUCUGGACAAACUCCGUCAAAGGUUGGAGUUGAUGCGUCUGGUUUAUAACGAGGAGGUGGUCGAAUUGCCGAGUCCAGAAGUUACCAGUGAAAUGUCAACGACGCCUUUGCUGAGAUGUCUGACGCAAUGUCCACCGUCACCGUCACGCUUCUCUCUAACCAGUCUGUUACCGUCGAGACAGAGAUUAGAACUGAUGCGUGAAAUGUACCACAACGAGGCCGAAAUGUCUCCCACAUCUCCAGAUUACAACGUAGAAUCGCUCACUGGAGGAGAUCCAUUUUACGAUAGGUUCCCUUGGUUCAGGAUGGUUGGUCGCGGUUUCGUCUACUUGAGCAACCUCCUCUACCCAGUCACUCUUAUUCAUAAAGUAGCUAUCGUUAGCGAGAAGGGAGACGUGAGGGGUUAUUUAAGAGUAGCAGUGCAAGCCGUCAUGGACGAAGACAAUUCCGAUCAAGUUGGUGUCCGACAGAGCGCGCGGAUAGCUUUUGAAACGCCUAAAGCUGUAAUUGACCAUAAAAAUAUACACAAUAUGGACGAACGUAUUAUCGAAGGUCAGAACGGUAUUGAUCCGAUUAAGCUCGAUGAACUUAUUGAGUGUGAUGCAGAUUCGGGUCGCGGCGAUAGUUCAGUCGCUUCUGAUUUGAAAGAAGACGAAAUUCCAGAUCACUUAGCAAUAGGAAAAGAAUUCACUUUCAGAGUGACCGUACUCCAAGCGGUUGGAAUUUCCACAGAGUACGCCGACAUAUUUUGCCAAUUCAACUUCUUGCACCGACACGAUGAGGCCUUCUCGACAGAACCCGUCAAGAAUUCCGGAAAAGGCACCCCCCUCGGCUUCUAUCAUGUACAAAACAUAACUGUAACUACUACAAAAUCGUUCAUCGACUACAUCAAAACCCAGCCCAUCGUCUUCGAGGUGUUCGGUCACUACCAGCAACAUCCUCUCCACAAAGACGCCAAACUGGAGGGCAACGUCCGACAACCCCCUCGCCGAAUGCUGCCGCCCUCGAUCCCUAUCUCUCAGCCAGUCAGGUCGAGCAAAUUCGGCGCUCUUCCCUCCCCUUGCACCGCGCACAUUCAUGCCAAAGUCGACGUUCUGGUGUGGUUCGAAAUUUGCGAGCUGGCACCUAGCGGAGAAUAUGUUCCUGUGGUGGUUGAGCACAGCGACGAUUUACCGUGCAGAGGAUUGUUCCUGCUGCAUCAAGGGAUUCAGAGGAGGAUUAGGAUCACGAUAGUACAUGAUCAAGCCGCCGAAAUUAAAUGGAGGGAUGUCAGAGAACUGGUGGUCGGAAGGAUUAGGAACAGUCCGGAGUCGGAUGAAGAUGAGGAUAACGAUAAUUCAGUUUUGUCUUUGGGACUGUUCCCUGGAGAAUAUUUGGAGGUGCCUGGAGAUGAUAGAGUUAUGUUCCGCUUUGAAGCUGCCUGGGAUAGCUCCCUGCAUAAUUCGCCGCUGUUAAAUAGGGUCACGUCGUGCGGAGAGCAAAUUUUCAUGACCAUUUCUGCAUAUCUCGAGUUGGAGAACUGUGGCCGCCCUGCUAUUAUAACGAAGGAUUUAAGUAUGGUAAUCUACGGUAGGGAUGCUAGGACUGGACCAAGGUCGCUUAAACACCUCUUCUCUGGAAACUAUCGUAACGCCGAAGCUAACCGAUUGUCAGGAGUGUACGAGUUGCUGCUGCGGAGAGCGAGCGAAGCAGGUAGUCCAGGUGUUCAGCGUCGUCAGCGCCGCGUCCUUGACACCAGCUCCACCUACGUCCGAGGCGAAGAAAACCUCCACGGCUGGCGUCCACGUGGCGAUUCCCUAAUCUUCGACCACCAAUGGGAGUUAGAAAAACUUACCCGUCUUGAGGAAGUAGAGCGCGUGCGACACACCCUCCUUUUACGUGAACGUUUGGGUCUCGACAGGUCUACCAACCACAACAAAUAUCAUUUGGAAUACACCAAGAGCGAGAAAGAAGUGUGCAACAUGGUGGCCAAGAACAAUAACCUCAACAGCGCUGUCCCCAGUAUUGAUUACUACGAGUAUACCGACAGAGAGAAGCAGUUGUUGAUCAAAUGUAUCAGGUUGAUUCAGGGCAAAGGACGCGAGAGUGCGUCAUUAAAGGACAACGAAGUUGCUAGUCCUUCUGAGGAAAUGACAGAGAUGAGUACUAGCAUGUUAUCGAGUAUGGUGUCCAAUGGUUCGAUAGAGCUAUGUUCACCCGAAAGGGCCGCGCUUCCGGGAGAGUGCGCUGCGUUCCCUCCAGUUCCAGUGUCGCCUCCUGCCGGACCGAGGGAUCCCGAGUUGGUGCUGUACGUUCCUGAUAUGGAAGAGAUAAGGAUUUCGCCAGUGGUCGCGAGGAAAGGGUAUUUGAAUGUGUUGGAGCAUAAGACGCAUGGCUGGAAGAAGCGAUGGGUGGCCGUCCGCCGACCUUACGUUUUCAUCUUCCGGGACGAGAAGGACCCCGUCGAGAGGGCUCUGAUCAAUUUGGCUACCGCUCAAGUGGAAUAUUCCGAGGCCCAGCAGGCCAUGGUCCGUCUGCCCAACACUUUCAGCGUGGUGAGCAAACAUCGCGGUUAUCUCCUCCAGACGCUCCACGAGAAAGAAGUGCACGAUUGGCUGUACGCCAUCAACCCGCUCUUGGCGGGGCAGAUCAGAUCAAAAUCGGCCCGACGCAACCCGCAAAAUCGCCAAGAAAAUUCAGAAGCUCUGGGGAGUGUCGCAUGCAAAUGAGAUUUAAUCGUUAUGGAAUCCGUUUUGGUUUACUAAAGCUUAUUAGUUUAAGAGGAGUUUUGUUUUAUCACUUUUCCGUAAAUUUCGAGGUUGUGAUUGAAAAAUUAUCAUGGUUAGGGUUCCAUAAUGUGGUCUUUUGUUUCCUCUAGUCAAAUGUUGCGGCACUCCUGGUUUCGUUACUAAACUAGUCGAGGAAUUGUGUAUUUAUAAGAGUUUUGAGGAGAAUUUUUGAUGAUUCGAUUGUGUGCAAUAAGAGAGUUGUAUAUUGAAUAUGUUUAUUAACGAAUCUCAAGACGUUUCGAAUGCUUAUUUCUGUUCGAUGAUCUCAAUGUUUUUAAGAAGAUGUUAAAAUAGUAUUAAAAAUGCUUCUUAUAGUAUAUUACAAUAUUUAAUACAUGUACCAAUCUAAUUAAACUCUAUCGACAUAUUCUACCGUUUUUAAUGUUAAGGCCUCGGGUUUUACUUUAAAACUUGCAACUUACCAAGAAAUGAAUGUAAAAAUGUCACUAUAAUUUCCGUUUCGUUUUCGGGCACAGUAAGUGUAUAAUGUACAGGGUGUUUAUUGUUCAUUCGAUGCAAAUCGAUGGGAGAUCAAUGAAGAGCUCACUUUAUGAUUAUUUUUUGAUACUUCCACUUCAACCCUGUUGUUAUUUUUGUACUUAACUAGAUUUACACGAAUUGUUUUUAUUGUAUAUACCAAAAUGAUUAGCACAAUAGACGUUACGUUCACGCUGAAACCGCUAUUGUUUCGAACAAAGCUGGCAUGUGUAAGCCCAGCCUUACAUCCAUGACCAUGUCUUGACUGAUUUUUAUUGGAAGUUUUAUUUCAUCUUGAAGUCUUUAGACGAAUCUUUGUUGUAGGUGCUUGUUAACUCAUCAUAACUUUAUUUUUAUAGUUAGUUCCCCUAUAGACACAGUGCUACGCUUAUCUAAGCUAUAAAUGUAUAAAAAGAAGUACUAUUAACAAAUUAGUAGGUACAAUGUAGGAAAAUUUAUAUUGUUUUCUUUUUGUUACGUUUCUGAUGCUGCCCUUCGGGGUUAUUUAUAUUAUUAUUAUUGAAUGAUUAUUAUUAUUGUAUAAUUGUGUAAGCAUUAUAUGAAAUAAACGACAAUGUAAAAAGAAA